CAGUGUCAUUCCCCGGGUUAUUAAAAGGCCAGCGGAUCGAGGGAUUGACGUUUUUAUUCAGUAGUGAUAUUCGCGAUGGCCGAGGCGCUUGAUGGCAAAAAGCAGCCGGUGAAAUAUGGCUUAUCCUCAAUGAUUUUCAAUACUUUAAUAAGGGGUAUGAGAGGAACUAUUGAAAACACCACCCAUGGCGUGCUCUCGGUGCUGAAUGUUGGAUGUAAAAGACAAGUCCCGCCCGUCAGUAAUGAUCUUUUGUUGUUGCCGGCGUCAGAAUUAGCAGCGAAAAUACGAAAAGCUGAGGUAUCUAGCGAGAACGUGGUCAAAGCCUACAUAGUCCGCAUUGGCAAGAUCAACGGUCUGCUGAACGCUGUAGUUGAAGGCCGGUAUUCUGAGGCUUUGAAAGAAGCUCGUCUUGCCGACGAAUUAGUCAAAUCAGGCCGUUUCACUCAAGAACAGUUGGCCGAGCAGCUGCCAUUGUUGGGUGUGCCCUUCACAGCCAAAGAAGCUUUACUCAUAAAAGGACUGUCCAGCACCUGCGGUUUGGUGUGUCGAAAAGGACUCAAAGCCGACCAAGACUGUGAUCCCGUACUAAGGUUGAGAGCUUGUGGUGCCAUUCCUUUAGCUUUAACGAACACCAGCGAGAUCUGCAUGUGGUGGGAGACCUAUAAUAAACUUCAUGGAAGAACCAACAAUCCAUAUGACACUACCAGAACAGUCGGAGGAAGCAGUGGUGGAGAGGCAGCGUUGAUCGCAGCCGCAGGUUCUGUUAUUGGUUUGGGUACAGAUUUGGGUGGCAGUAUUCGACUGCCAGCAUUUUUUACUGGAAUAUUUGGACACAAGCCCUCCCAAGGAAUUGUCCCAAUCAACGGCCAGUUUCCUCCAGCUCUGGAAGAAAUUGCCCCUUACGUCGUUGUUGGCCCGAUGGUUCGUUAUGCGACAGAUCUCAGGCUGGUUCUCUCCGCCCUCGCUGGAAAAGAAGCAACUCGGCGGCUUAGACUGGACUCGCCGGUCGAGCUUCGGUCUUUGAAAAUUUAUUACAUGUUGGACGAUGGAGGAUCUCCUGCUCCCACUCCGGUGUCAUCUGAAAUAAGAGAAGCUAUGAAGAAGGUUAUCAACGCAUUGAGUAUGGAAGGUCUAGUCAUCAAAGAAGUGAAGUUAAAGUAUUUAAAAAUGGGAUUUCUCGUUUGGUGCGCAUACUUGUCCGAGGUUAAAGACCAGCGAAUCUCGAAUCUUAUGAACGGUAACGUUAAAUCCCCAGACGAAUGCGACUCCUUGCAUUACGAAAUGUGGAAGUGGCUGUCGGGAAAAUCGCAACAUACGUUUCCGAUAAUUCUAAACGCAUGCGCACAAGAUUAUCUAGCACCUAUAAUGCAGAAACCCUUGGACUUCUUUAUUCAGUGCGGAGAGAAGAUGAGAGUGGAGUUGGACAAUCUGUUAUCCCCCGAGCCAGCAGUGUUUCUGUAUCCAACUUUUCCACACGUGGCAUCACAUCAUGGACAGAUACUGGCCAAUCCUUUUAAUACGGGUUAUAGCGUAGCAUUCAAUGCAAUGGGUUUACCAACAACUCAGUGUCCUCUAGGACUUGAUUCUAAAGGUUUACCACUGGGUAUGCAAAUAGUGACUGCUGCUGAAAAUGACAGGUUUUCGCUCGCCGUCGCUGAAUUUCUAGAGAGGAAACUUGGAGGAUGGGUUCAAGCCCCAUCUUGAUGGAUGGCAACGUCAAGAAUUUGACGUUUUUUAUUCGAUGACGAAACCGUUUCGGUGAUGAAAUUGUUCAGCUUAAGAACAGCCAGCAGACAUCAAUAUUCUCAGUUUCGUGUCAAAAUGAACUUUUAAAAAAUUAAAUAAUUGAAGGAGAUGUUAAAGAUAAUGAAUCUUUUGUGACUUUUAAUGUGCUGUUUACCCUACAAGGCUGCUGGUUUUUCAAACUUAGCGCAUUUUAAUACAAAUUUUACUGUGUACUAAUUUUAAGUUGUUGUCUCGGCUGUUGUUUUAUGUUUUGUAACAAUUAUAUUGUUGGAAAUAUGUGAUUUUAAUUUUAGCAUUUAUUGUUUUAUGUAUAUAUUGUUAAAUGUAAUGCUUAUGUAAAUAUUUGUAAAGUUCCUAUACAGAUUAAAUCUUUGUAUUUGUUUAUUUUGAUGCUUUUGCACGACAGUCAAUAAAAAU